AGAUAUUAAAUUUUUUAUAGAGAGGAAACGAUUUUCUUCAAUUAAUGAUGGACGCUCAGGAAGGAUUACUUGAAAACACCGCCGAAGACUUGAAAGAAGUAGAGAAUGAAAUAAAUAAUUACAAAGUUCAACCUAAACAUAAAACAAUGACACUCGACGAAAUUGUUGCUCAGUGUGUUCUUUUUAUUAUCGGUGGCCACGAUGCAACGACAACAACCAUGACAUUCUUAGCUUAUCAAAUGGCAUUAAAUCCAGAAUGCCAAGAGAAGUUGUUGAAGGAAAUAGAUGAAACAUGGGAAACACAUGUAAAUAAAUGCUUUCUUAUUCUUGUCAAGUACAAAGAUUUUAUAUAUAUUAUUUAUCUUUCAUUUAUUUAAUUCUAAAUUAAAAUUCUUACUCUUACUCAACUGAGUAUAAAACAAUUCUUCAAACGAAUUUACAGUUAAA